AUGGGGGCCCAUCAUCCUAACCAGCCGUCCGCUCCUCAACCCACACGCGUAUUCUUUGACCCCUUCAACUCAUCCUCCACCGGCCACCAACGAGCAGAAAAUCGCCAAUCGGGGUCCAUCUCGUGGCGUGACUCUCGGACAUACAAACUCUCACACCAAUUCAAGGACGUUAGCGGUCGUGGCGGUGAUCAACACCUGCCUGAUCUGGUUGGCGCGGGCAGUGAGGAUUUCUGCGAGGAUGGGCGCAAAACAAACGGCGACUGGCAAGGAGGCGCGCGAAGGUUGAGGGAAAAUGGAUGGCAGGACAUCAGAGACUUGAUGGGUGGGAGUAACAAACGAUCGAGCGGGAGAAUGGAAGACACAGGAUUUGCAAACAAGCGGGCGAAAGCAAGCCAUGAAGGCCCCCAACACCGCGUCGAGGAUGCGACAGACUCUUCCCUAUUUGGACGACAGCAACACAGUCUAGAUAACAACACCACUACCACUCAGUCUCAACCGCCCCAAAUCUUCCGCAACUUGACAAUCUACCUCAACGGGAGUACCUUUCCACUCAUCUCCGACCAUAAGUUAAAACACAUCUUUGCCCAAUAUGGUGGCAACACCUCAAUAGCCCUUGGCCGCCGGACCGUCACUCACGUCGUCUUGGGCAAUAAUUCUGCCGGCGGUGGUGGUUUAGCGAGCAGCAAGAUUCAGAAGGAAGUGGCUCUUGUGCGUGGGAAGGGCGUGAAGUUUGUGACGGCGCAGUGGGUGGUGGACAGUGUUGAAAAGGGCAUCAGACAGCCUGAGAGCAAAUAUGUACCGGACGGGGUGGAAGGGAGGAUUGGAGGGAGUAGCCAGGUAAGUGUGAGGCAGAUGUUUCAGCACAAGGAUGAAGCGAGAUGA